UGUUGCGCGAGCCCGCCCCGGAGACUCCAGAACGUCAACACACAGAGCCAGCGUCCCUGCAGACUGGGGCUGGAGCAGAGCUGCUGGCAGGAGCAAUGCAUUGGACGUCUUUCAUUUCUGUCCUUUGCGGCUGCUUGGCGGUUUCCACUUCGUAUUAUCAAUACGUAUCCGUAAGUUUCCGAGCUGGAACCGAUUGCUCUCUGAAGUCGCAGUGGUCCACGAAGGACGUCAUCUCCACGAUAGAGUGGCGGUAUGGGGUCGACCCGGUAGUAGAGUGGAACAGAGACAACAGGUCGGCCGUCUUCCGCGCUCAUCUCCAAGACCGCGCUUUGCUGGACAUCCAAACGGGAGAUCUGAUGAUCAGCAACACAAGGGCGGGUGACAGCGGGGUUUACACGGUCUUCAUCAACUCCGGUCAAACCCGCAAGAUUAACGUCAGCAUCCUCUCUGCGGUUCCCGUGCCGACGGUCUCCUGGGCCUGCCAGCCGGAGGAUGAGGGGACGAUCUUCUGUGUUUUGACCUGCGAAGGAGACACCAGCGGAGCAGAGCCCGUCCAGUACAGUUGGACCCACCAGCCACAAGCAAACAUCUCAAGUCAUGGAGAUGAGGAUGCAAACAAAACUUUGCCUAAAUCCAUCAACGUUACAAUGGUCGUGGGGUCGGACUCGGAUGUAUUUGUUUGUACCGUCUGGAACACAAUAAGCCUGCAGAACAGCCAGCCCAGCACGCGUCCCUCCACACUGCGAGAAACUCUCCAUCCAAUGAAAGGAGUGGUCGUGUUCACAUCCUUCAUAGUAGCGGUCACAGCAGCCAUCGCGUUACACAGAUGUUGGACAGGAGUCUGGUUCUUUCAUAAAGAAUCAACGCCAUGGCAAUCAGAUUUCUGGAGAAGAAGAAUUAAGGGUGGUGAUGACUCAGAGAACAAUCAUCCCAAGGAACUGGAGGAGUUGGAAGCCAACCCAGAUGGCCAAGUUAACCAUUUAGUUCAUACCCACAUUUUGCCAUACUGACAAUAGCACUUUAGCUAAAAGAAGCAUUAUUAGCCUGAAUUGGUAGUAGUUAGUUAGUUGUACCACGGUUAUGUUUGUAAUGAUGGUAGCCGUAGUUCUAAGAAGUAGCUAUAGUUCUCAGUAGCUGUUGCGCUAGGAAGUAGCUCUAGUACUGCUACGUAGGCAAAACACUAGCUAGGUAGCUAAUGCGCCAGAUAGCUGUAAGUCGCUGUGAUCAGCCUGUUCAUUGGUCAAGUUAUUUUGAAUUUGGAAGCGUAUUAUCUUUCUCCAUAGGAGAACAAAAGAGUGGGUCUCCACCAACCCCUCUUACGUCCUCAACAUUUGAACCUUCUUUCUGUUUAUUUAGCCCGAAACACAGCACUGAAGCCCCUGUGACCUCUGGACCAGGGCUCCCUGCCGGGCUUCACAGACCCAGUGAAAGAAGCCACUAUGUAAUCAAUCAAUUGUUAUGAGUGUAAACUUACCACAGAGUAACCGGUGCAUAUUAAGUGUCCCUCCCUGGGUUCUCGGACACAAUAGAAACAGUAUAACUGCAGUCCUGUCUAGCUCAAUUGGUAGAGAAUUGCAUUACCACUGCCAGUUAAUGGGUUAGUGAUUCCAUAGGUGGGUGUAAGACACUGGAGAUAAGUGUCCAUCAAAUGGCAUAUGGAGUUUUAUGUCAGGAAUAAAAUAAAAUACACGUUGCACAUUUUGGUCACUUUACCCUUGGAGCAGUUCUUACUCUGUUGUCCAGUGCUGCAUUGAGCUGAUUAGAGGAGAACACUAUCGUUCUAUUGUUCUCCGAGGGCAGCAGACUCCCACAACAGACACGGUCUUGUUGUAGAAUACAUCAGAUCUGGGGCCGUCACUCGGGUAUGGGUCGCAAUGGGCUGCCAAACCUUCGAUUAGAUCUCCCUCCCUCUUUCUGUGGCUGAACGCCAUACAUGGAGAGGUGGGACCGACGACAUUCUGUAUCGACAGAGACAGACAGCCGUUUUAUAUAGUCUAUGGGCUGUAUACACGCAAACUACAACCUCUGUCUAGGCACCAAAUCUAUGGUGUUACUAUACUGAAGAACAAGUGCAAUGUAGACCCACACCUGUGUCACGAUACCACCUGGGAAAUCUGUAUGGAAACGCUCGCAGCAAAAUCUAAACACAAUGGGUCAACGUACAUUUGUGCAUUUAACACUUGAAUGUGUAACAUGUCUGUUUACAUGUAUAUAUGUCUCACGGUUUACACCUUAUAAUAUAAUGAAGUUUUAGGUUUGAUUAAUGCUUGUUUGCCUCAUUUUGAUGUGCUCCGGUUUUGAUGUGAAGCCCAUUUUUACUUGCAUCCAAGUGCUACAUGAAUAAAGUUACGAUAACUUU